AUGUUUGAAACGAAAUUCGUGGUUCGUGAGCCCCAGCCAGGUAGCUUGCGUCUGGUUGGUUGCCCAAUCAUCGUCGAUGGGGAUGAUUUCGAGGGAAUUCACAUCGCUGCGAAGACACUGUCAGACGACUUUGCCAGAGUCACCAGAGGCCAGCCUAACCCCUUGGUGCACAGCACGUCGCCCCUGUCAAUCACUAAGAAUGCCAUCAUUAUUGGCAGCCUAACCAAGUCAUCCAUUGUCAAAUCCCUCGUCCAACAGCAGAAACUAGACGUGUCUGCUAUUCAGGACAAAUGGGAGUGCUUCACCACUCAGCUGGUUUCUCAUCCCUACAAAGGUUGCGAUAAAGCACUUGUUAUCGUCGGGAGCGACAAGAGAGGCACCAUAUUUGGGAUUUACACCCUCUCUCAGCAGAUUGGGGUUUCUCCAUUCCAUUUCUGGUCUGACUUGCCAGUGGAUUACACGACCGAGCUCCACGCGUUAGACGUCGCAACUCGCGAUGGUCCUCCUACCGUGAAGUACCGAGGAAUCUUCAUCAAUGAUGAGUCGCCAUGUCUUACCGGAUGGGUCGAGGAGAAUUUUGGACCCAAAUACAACUCGGAAUUUUACAAAAAAGUCUUCGAGCUUCUACUGCGAUUGAAGGCAAACUUCAUGUGGCCUGCGAUGUGGAACCAUCCGGGUCAGAGUUUCUUCGUCGAUGAUCCUCUUAAUCAGAAGACAGCCGACGCCUACGGCAUAGUCAUGUCAACCUCCCACCAUGAGCCCAUGCAGCGAGCCAGCAACGAAUGGUUCCGCGAUCCGUACAACCAGCCGGAAGGGAGCUGGUCCUGGCACGCGAGCAAGCCUGAGAUCACGAAGUUCUUCCAGGAGGGUGCCGAGCGGGCUAGGCCGUUUGAGAGUGUUCUCACCCUCGGUAUGAGAGGACGAGGCGAUCAGGUACUUGUUGCCGAUGAGGUUUCGUCGACUCUACGGGAAGUCCUCGAUACUCAGCGAUCCAUCAUCAAAGACGUAUACGGAAGUGAAACUGGCGAAAACCAGGUUCUCGCAUUAUAUAAGGAAGUGCUCACGCAAUACGACGCGGGGCUCGAAGUACCCGAGGAUAUCACUCUGCUUCUCGCAGAUGACAAUCAAGGAAGCCUUCGUCGCGUGCUAAUUGGCAACGAGAAGAACCGAUCAGGACGAGGAGGAGUCUAUUAUCAUUUCGAAUUCGUUGGUCAUCCACGAAGCUAUAAGUGGCUGAAUAGCAAUUCUUUAUCCAAGGCGUGGCAUCAACUCGACCAUGCCUACAGCAACGCUUGCGACCGGAUCUGGAUCUUCAACGUGGGCGACAUCAAGCCGAUGGAAGUGCCUCUGAGCUGGGCCAUGAUGAAAGCAUGGAACACCCAUGCAUUAGAGCCCUCGCAAAUUCCAGUCUUCUUCGACAGGUUCAUUGCCGACAAUUUCUUGAAUCUUCGUCCCGAGGACGCCAAGGAAUGCUCGCAGCUUUUAUUCGAAUACGAUCAGCUGAUGGGCCUCGGAAAGCACGAGUGUAUUGAGGAUGAUACAUUCUCCGUCAUGUACUAUGAUGAGGCGGACAUUGUGCUGCAAAGGUGGUCUGAUCUUUUAGGGCGAGCAACUCGAGUCCACGAGAGAGCGUCGCGCGAGCUGAAGCCCGCUGUCUACCAAUUGAUCUUGCAUCCGAUCAAAGCGACGCAAAUCUACAUCGCCUUAAGAGUGACAUUGGGUAAAAAUAAGCUCUAUGCACUACAGCGUCGUUCAGUAGCCAACAAGUACGCAAAAGAAGUCUUACAGCUCUUCGAGGCCGACUUUGAUCUGUCGAUCGAAUACCACGAGCUGCUCGGCGGCAAGUGGAAUCACAUCAUGGACCAACCGCACUACGGCAACCGAUGGGAUCAAGAUAUAGCUCCUUUCCGAGACAUGGUUCCUGGAUUGUGCUACGUACAAACCCGUCAGAAGGCGAGUCAUAUCGUCGGAUCAAUGGGGGUGGCCGUGGAGGGCCAUGCCGGUUAUCGUUCGGGGCUUUGCUGUGAGGAACACGAGCUAACCCGGCCAUCUCGAGCCGAUAGAAUACCUUCCGUCACAACAAGUCCAUUGGAGCCAUUGGGCAACGCAUCAAGAUGGUUCGAGCUAUACUCGCAUAGCACAGAACAACUUCAUUGGACGGCCAAGAUCAAGUCUGUAAGCGCAGACUGGUUGAAAAUCACGAAGUCUGCGGGUUUUCUUCGACCCGAGGAUGAGGCUACUCGUAUCUAUGUCUUUGUGGCGGACUGGUCAUUGGUGUCUGAUUCAUACAACGACGAGGUCCUCAUAGAGAUUCGCUCGGACCAGGGCGAUUUCGAGUACGUUCACGUACCUAUCAUCAAGCGUCAGGCACCUCCUGUCGGUUUCACAGGAUCUGUCGAAAGCGACCGUCACGUUUCCAUCAGCGCAACGAAUUUCGAUAAGAGUGACAGCGGUACAUACACCAUCAACAAAUACAUAGGUCGAACCGGCGCUGGCGGCGUCCUGUUGGCACGGCCACCUACCGACCUGGAUAAACUUGACUUCCUGUGUUAUUCGUUCUUCACAUACACGCCCGCGCCCGAAGUAACGGUGAUUCUCUAUUUCACCAUGACGUUCAACACCGACCCGAAAAAUCCGCUCAAGUACGACAUUCGGCUAGACGAGGAUGUUGACUCUGCGCUUGCGUCAACCUCCUACCGCCUGGUCCCAGACGCACCAAGACCUGGCGAACUUCCUCCUGGAGACUUGCCGGACGGCUGGAUGGAAGAGUGUCCUAGGUUGGUGUGGACGAGGAAACAUACAAUCAACCUGUCGGAGGUUGGAACUCACACCUUGAAGGUCCGGUUGAGGAAUUCUAAUUGUAUCUUGGAGAAGGUCGUGAUAGAUCUGGGUGGUGUACAUCCAAGCUACCUUGGGCCGCCAGUAAGCAAAACCGUUUAG